AUGCCGUUGGUCAACGGGAAGGGCGAAGACGUGCGGGUGAGUCUUCUAGGUAAAGAAAGCAUCAUCAUCAAUUUUGGUCUGUGGCGCAACCAUGUCGCCUCAGAUCUGCUCACCAAUCUUGAGUCAUCCACUUAUGUCUUGAUCACCGACACCAAUAUCAGCUCUAUCUACACAGCCAUUUUCCAGGAAGUUUUUGAGGCUGAAGCCAAGCGGAAAGCCAGUUCCCCUCGGCUUUUGGUCUACGAAAUUCCACCCGGGGAAAGCUCCAAGUCUCGACAGACCAAAGAUGAUAUUGAAGACUGGCUUCUGAGUCAAAGUCCGCCAUGCGGCCGAGACACCGUGAUCAUUGCUCUCGGAGGUGGAGUUGUUGGCGACUUGACAGGAUUUGUAGCCGCCACCUACAUGCGUGGCGUUCGAUUUGUCCAGGUCCCAACAACGCUGCUCGCAAUGGUCGAUUCCUCGAUAGGAGGCAAGACGGCUAUCGAUACCCCCUUAGGCAAGAACCUCGUUGGAGCCAUCUGGCAGCCGCAGAGGAUUUAUAUCGACCUUGAUUUCCUUGGGACUCUACCGCGACGGGAACUGAUCAAUGGCAUGGCCGAGGUGAUCAAGACUGCUGCCAUUUCUGAGGAACAAGAAUUCAUCGCACUCGAAACCAAUGCCCAACGCAUCAUGGCUGCAGUCAAUGCCGACAUCAGGCAAGGAGCUGCGAGGUUUAAGGAUAUUGAGUCGAUUCUGAUCAGAAUCAUAGCUGCAUCAGCGCGAUUCAAGGCGCAUGUGGUCACGAUCGACGAGAGAGAAAGUGGAUUGCGCAACCUUCUGAAUUUCGGCCACUCUAUCGGACAUGCCAUCGAGGCUUUUCUGACCCCCCAAGUGCUUCACGGUGAAUGUGUGGCCAUCGGCAUGGUGAAGGAAGCAGAACUUGCUCGGUUUCUGGGAGUGCUCAGUGGCGUGGCAGUGGGUCGUCUGCAGAAAUGUCUGACCGCGUACGGGCUACCAACACGGAUCGACGACGACAGAGUGCGCAAGCUGUCCGGCGGUAAAAGAUGUACCGUCGACGGAAUGCUCAAGAAAAUGGGCGUGGACAAGAAAAACGACGGUGCAAAGAAGAAGGUUGUUCUCUUGUCAGCAAUUGGCCGUACUUAUGAGCAAAAAGCCAGCGUUGUGUCAGAUUCUGAUCUGCGUGUGGUACUUUCUCCAAGUGUGGAGGUAAUUCCUGGCGUGCCCCGAGAUCUGAAUGCAGUUUGUGCGCCUCCAGGAUCAAAAAGCAUAUCCAACCGAGCGCUGGUUCUGGCCGCGCUCGGCCAGGGUACAUGCCGCGUCAAGAACCUGCUUACCUCUGCUGAUACUGAGGUCAUGCUGGAUGCGCUUACCAGGUUAGGAGCUGCCACGUUUUCCUGGGAGGAAGACGGCGAGGUUCUGGUCGUGAACGGCAACGGUGGCCGCCUCCAAGCCAGUGCAACUGCACUUUACCUGGGUAAUGCCGGAACGGCUGCUAGGUUUUUGACAACAGUUGCUACCUUGACAAGACAGGGGCCUGUGGCAUCUACAAUCCUCACCGGAAAUGCUCGCAUGAAACAACGACCAAUUGGGGAUCUUGUGGAUGCCUUGAAGACGAAUGGCGCUGAAAUGGAAUACCUUGAGACAACGGGGUGUCUCCCUCUCAACAUUGCAGCCUCGGGCGGCUUCAACGGUGGCGAAAUCAAGCUGGCUGCCAAAGUAUCGUCACAAUAUGUUUCCUCACUGUUAAUGUGUGCCCCUUACGCCAAGAAGCCGGUCACACUCAGACUUGUGGGUGGAAAGCCUGUUUCACAACCAUACAUCGACAUGACCAUCGCCAUGAUGGCGUCUUUCGGCGUCCAAGUGGAAAAGUCGAAGACGGAGGAACAUACCUAUCACAUCCCGCAAGGUAUCUACCGCAAUCCUGAGGAAUAUGUUGUCGAAAGUGACGCAAGUUCCGCCACCUAUCCAUUGGCAAUUGCUGCCAUCACAGGCACGACCUGCACUAUCCCGAACAUUGGCUCGACGUCCUUACAGGGGGAUUCACGUUUUGCGAUGGAUGUGCUGAGACCGAUGGGUUGCGAGGUCAAACAGACGGAAACCUCAACGACAGUGACCGGUCCGCGAAACGGUACCCUAAAACCGUUACCGAACAUCGACAUGGAGCCUAUGACCGAUGCUUUCCUGACAGCCUCAGUACUAGCAGCCAUCGCGCAGGGCACGCCGUCAAAUACCACCCGAAUUUAUGGUAUCGCCAACCAGCGAGUGAAGGAAUGCAACCGUAUACAGGCAAUGGAAGACGAGCUCGCGAAAUUGGGUGUCACUUGCCGACAGUUUGACGACGGUAUUGAAGUGGACGGUAUCGACCGAACUCAGCUACAGCAACCCCAAAGAGGUGUACACUGUUACGACGACCAUCGCGUUGCAAUGAGCUUCAGCGUCCUUGCUCUAGCUGCGCCGCAGCCUACUCUCAUUUUGGAGAAAGAAUGUACCGGAAAGACGUGGCCUGGUUGGUGGGACACAAUGGCCAGAGUGUUCGGCGUCAAGCUCGAGGGCGUCGAAUUAGACACAACUACGCACGUUACGACCAAGAAGCUGGACAGAAGCAAGGCAUCUAUGUUCAUCAUCGGCAUGCGAGGUGCUGGCAAGACUACUUCAGGCCGAUGGGCUGCACGGUCAUUAGGCAAGAAGCUGAUUGAUCUCGACACUGAACUCGAGCUCCGAGAAGGCAAGACGAUACCAGAGAUCAUUCAAGAGAACAGCUGGGAGCAUUUCCGUGAGCGCGAACUGGCUCUUCUCAAGUCAGUCAUGAAGGACAUGUCGACAGGCUACGUGUUCGCCUGCGGCGGAGGUAUAGUCGAGAUGCCAGAAGCCCGCAAGUUAUUGGUCGACUGGCACCAGAGUAAAGGUCAUGUGCUUCUAGUCGAGCGGGACAUCAGUCAAGUGAUGGACUUCCUCCAGAUCGACAAGACCAGACCUGCCUAUGUCGAAGACAUGAUGGGCGUAUGGCUCCGGAGAAGGCCUUGGUUCGAGCAAUGCAGCAAUCUCCUCUAUUACAGCCAGAACAUCCCCAACGAGCAGAUGUCCGAGGCAGCCGAAGACUUCGACCGCUUCUUGCGAAUGGCCACUGGCAAAAUCGACGUUCUCUCCACCUUCAAGCAGAAAGCAGAGUCUUUCUUCGUGUCCCUGACAUUCGAAGAUCUGCAGCCCCAUCUGAAGACCCUACCCGAGGUCUGCCUGGGUUCUGAUGCGGUAGAACUGAGAGUGGACCUACUUAUGGAACCAGAAUCACAAAGCCCGAUCCCCUCAACAGAAUACGUGACAGCCCAACUGUCCCUGCUGCGAGCAACUGUCCCUCUCCCUGUGGUCUUCACCAUCCGAACAAGCUCGCAGGGCGGCAAAUUCCCUGACUCUGCUCACAGCGAGUACCUCAAUUUAUGUAGGCUUGCGAUCCGAAUGGGCUGCGAGUUCGUCGACGUGGAAGUGGCUUCGUUUCCCGAGUCGAUCCUCAACACGAUCCUCGACCUGAAGAACAAUUCGUACAGCAAGCUCAUCGCAUCCCACCACGACCCUCAAGGCCGACUGUCGUGGUCCAAACCAGGCUCCUGGAUCCCCAUAUACAACCGCUGCCUGCAGUACGGCGACGUCGUGAAACUGAUCGGCGUGGCAAAGACGAUCGACGACAACUUCUCCCUCCGCAGCUUCAAGCACUGGUCUGCGUCGCAGCAACCCGAUCUGCCGCUGAUCGCCAUCAACAUGGGCCGGGCGGGCCAAGCAUCACGCAUCCUCAACGGCUUCAUGACCCCCGUGAGCCACCCGGCUUUACCAUUCAAAGCCGCGCCAGGACAAUUGUCCGCCACAGAGAUCCGACAGGGUCUGACGCUGCUCGGCGAGAUUGUCCCGAAACAGUUCUACCUCUUCGGCUCGCCCAUCCAGGCCAGCAGGUCGCCGGCCCUGCACAACCGUCUCUUCCACGAAAUGGGUCUGCCACAUGUCUACUCGCUCUGCGAGACGACGUCGCUGGACGAGAUCAAGGCCAGGAUCCGGGCCGAAGAUUUCGGCGGCGCCAGCGUCACCAUUCCGCUCAAGCUCGACAUCAUGGCCCUACUGGACGAAGUGGACGCGGCCGCGAGGCUCAUUGGCGCCGUGAACACGAUUGUGCCAGUUGCUGACGCGCGCUCCGGCUCCACGAAACUUCUUGGCCGCAACACCGAUUUCUUGGGCAUGAUGGACUGUCUGCGCGCCGCGGGCGCCUCCGCGGCCCUCGGUGACGGCGAGCAAGCCGGUCUUGUCAUCGGUGGAGGCGGCACUGCGCGCGCAGCGAUCCAAACUCUCCACAGCAUGGGAUACAAGCCGAUCUACUUGAUCGGUCGGAACCGGGGCAAGAUGGACGAGCUGGCCGCUAGUUUCCCGCCCGUGUACGAGCUGGUGGUGCUCGACGCUGAGGCUGGAGCAGAGACGAAGUCCGGGGCCCAACAAGCGCUCCAGACCCAAAUCCAGCACGCACCGCCCAUCGUCGCAAUCGCCACCAUCCCAGCAAACAUCCCCAUCGAUCCAUCCCUCAGCAAAGCCCUGGCCGCCAUCUUCGCAACACCCCUUCCCCCCAUGACUUUACCCAAAGGCCAAGGCUCCCCGGCGCCGAAGCGUAUCCUGCUCGAACUAGCGUACAAACCGGCCCAUACAGCCGUUAUGCAGAUGGCUGAGAGUGUCGUCGGCAGCGACGCUUGGAAAACAGUCCAAGGCCUCGAGGUUCUAGUCGCGCAGGGCGAGUGGCAGUUUGAAUACUGGACAGGUAUCCGCGUCCGAGAUCUCGGUAGACGGAUUACGAGGGUAAGUCCUACAUACCUAGCAUGA